GUGCAAAAUUCAAUGGAAGCUCCAGAUGAAGAAAUAAGUGAGGGUCCAUCAACGUCUCAAGAAAAGAAGUCGAACAAUGCAGAGAAGAAGGCGCGGGUAUUUGAUUUCAAUGCAAUUUUUGAAGAGACCCGGAAGGCUGGCCAAGCUCGUUACGCCGAAGCUCACGAGAAAGAUCCAGAGAGUGUGGUGAAUGAUGCAGAAACCACAGAAAAGAGUGCUCACAAGGACAGCGGUACUGUGAGUGAAGAAGAUGAUGACUUUCUGCCAAUGUUGCCUCCUGGUUUUGUCCCAGACAAAAGCGUUAUCAUUGGCGAAGAGAAUGGUUCCGCUGGUCCUGCAAAAGCAAAGACUUCAAAAGAUGACGAUGAUGAUGAAGAUUUCGUAGAUUAUGUAGGAGAUGGAAUACCAACAGUAAAUCUGAUACCAACAUCUUGCGAAGCCAAACUUGUCCAUAGCGGAAAGCCAGUUUCGGCUUUGCGUUUCGAACCGAAUGGAGUGAGGUUCGCUUCCGGUGGUGUUGACUACCAAGUCAAAAUCUUUGAUUUCCAAAAAAUGGAUAUGAGUCUGCGUGCUGACAAAGAGUUGCUUCCUGUGGAGAGUGAUGUUGAUUUUCCAGCCAUGUGA